AUGAGACAUGGAACUCCCCGCAGUGCCGUGAGUUGCGGCCAGAUUCUUCUCGAAAGAAACGAGGAGAGCGGGGCUUCCUCCCACGCCGGGCCGUCGCUGUCCCCGGUCCGGUCGCCGCUGCGACAGCGGGAGGGAAAUCACAGAAACGCGCUGCGACGGCGUGGCAGCGAGGCGGAUUUGCUCUUUCCCCAUUCACUAUCCAGCCCAGCGCCCGCACUGUUGCCGCCCCGCGGCGUGCCCCGCUCCGGGGACUUUUGUAUCCAGCCAGGCGGUGACGGCGGACUGUCGCCCGCCCGUCGCCGACAAUCCACGCGGCUGUCCCGGCCUCCGUCCGCCCAACCCCUCGGUGGUUCGGGUGCCGCCAGGGGCCCCCGCCGCGCCUCUCACGCUCCACGUCUGUCGCUCGACGAGCAUGCGUUCGUCUCAGCGGCUCUCACGCCUGGACGACGCGUCUCCAGCGGCGUCGACCCCGCGGAUUAUUCUUUGUCACCGACGGCGCUCGCCGCCGAGCAGACGUCGCCGUACGGCGCGGCGAUGGAUGUGGUGGCGUCGGCGCGCCAGCUGAUGGAGGAGUGCAGCGCGCGCGGCAUCCAAUGGGAACUCGAGGACUGGCAGAAGCCCGAGGCGCCGCGCAAGAGUAACGAGCGCAUGCCGCAGUCGGCCAGCGCGGGGCUUGGCGUGGCGGAAAGGACGCAGGCAGAGGCGGUUUCCGCGGGAGGUCGGGCAAAAAAAGCUGGGCGGCAGCGCGCGGCUCGGGGGCAAGUCGUGGCUGGGCGCAUCGGCGCUGGCGGCAAGGCUCACCACCGGAUGGUCAGCGUGGACGAGCUGCUGGCCGACACGCGGCAGGCGGGGCUGUCGAACAGAGCUGCUGGCGGCGGCGGUGGUGGCGGUGUGAGGCCCACGGGCGUAUUGAGCACGAAGGUGAACGGCGGCGUGGGCGGAAUCGACCUGAGGUUCUUCCAAGAAUUCGACGACUUGCCGCGGGAGCUGCUGCACGAGAUGCUGGCCGCUAACGCCGACGAGCUUGGCGUUUUCCAGCAGCGAAACGAUCGGAUUGGCGCGAAGAAUCGCGCGCGAGCGGACGAGCGAGCCGCGCCGGGGACGAGUCGACGAGGGGCGAAGGGGAGCAGCGCGAGCGGUAUAUCGCUUUGCAGCAGCUGGGAAGGUCAGGAGGCGGACGUUGGUAGUGACAUGCGGGGGUGGGGAAGAGUCGGAAACGUGUUGAUGCCGAAGAUGCGAAACGACAAGGCCGAGGAUAGCGACUUAUACGGCGCGCAGUCCGACGAGGAUGCGGGCGACGCGGAAGGCGCGCAGACGUUGAGAGAGCAGCUGAUGCCGUCGCAGCAGCCCAUCGCGGGAAAGCCCAUGUUGAGGUCGCGAAUGGCGUCUGAUUCGCACUCCGCUUUCACUCCGCCCAGUCAAGGUUUCCGUUCCGGCACUCCCCCCCGCAACGCGCCUCUGCCGCGCAAACGCCGCGAGUCCCCGCAGUUCCCAAGCUGCGCGUCCGUGCCGUCCUUCCAAUCGUCGUCCCCUCCCUCUUUGUCCGCCAAGGACAGACUUCCGCCAGCCGUGCCCCGUGCUACUUCAAAGCAAAGCGUGUAUCGCACUGGCUCGGUGGUUAAUGAACGCUACGCCGGCUCGAGCCCGACUGCACCCAGCCUUGAUCACGGAAACGCAUCGAGCCUCGGGUACCCUCAACCGCAAGCUGCUGCCGAACUAGGGACUCCGUUUGGGCCCAAAGCACGAGGGGCUCGGCCAGAACAGCAACAGCCGAGGCACGCGCGCAAGUACAACAGCGGGAGCCAGCUGGACGUGUUCGCGGGGUUCCGCUCGCACUCGCGAACCAGCAGCAGCGGCAGUGUGACAGCAGGAGGCAGCGGUAACUGCGCGCGGUGGGAAGCGUUCGAGGCGGCGCUUUUGGCAUGUGCGGAAGCGAGUGCAGCAGGUUUCAGCUGGGGUAAUCAAGCAGACUCGGAUGUAGGCACGGGCUUACACGGGCCUAAGUGGGGAAACCUGAGCCUUGGUCUGGGAGGCCUCGAGCUACAAGGCGCGCUCGAGUCAGCUGUGCCGAAUUUAAAGCCGACCGAUUUCGUGCUUCGGUUGCCCUACGACGAUAUCAAGGGGCGAUACUCUCUUGGGAAGAAAGAGAUUGGCGAAGGCAGGUUUGGUACCAUCCGAACCUGCUUGGAGCGCGCCACAGGGCAGGUGUACGCGUGUAAAACAAUACUGAAGAAGACCAUUGAGGUGAGUUCAGACGUGCUACAGUAUACUGUGAAAAUCUACAUGGCUGCAACCCUAGUAUUCAUUUUCCUUCUUGAAGGCAUUAUUAUCUCCUCACUUGACCAGGAAUCCUGUUUCCUUCUGUCGUUGCAGACAAUCGAGGAUGCUGAUGAUGUGCGAAGGGAGGUAACCUUCCUCGCGAUGCUUCGCGGCCAUCCCUCAGUGAUCACUCUUCAAGAGGUCUUUGAAGACGACAAGGCCAUCCACUUGGUGAUGGAGCUCUGCGCGGGUGGUGAUCUCUUUGACCGAAUCAAAUCACAAGGUCAAAUCCCGGAGCCAGAUGCAGCUCUAGUGCUAAAGCAGCUCCUGGAAGCCCUGCUCCACUGCCGCUCCCUUGGGAUUCUCCACCGUGACAUCAAGCCCGAAAACAUCCUCCUUUGUAGCCCCAGCGAGAACGUCCCUAUAAAACUCAUCGACUUCGGCGUGGCUACAGUUCUCGAGGAAGGUGCAAUGUGCCGGGAAAUGGCGGGAACGCCGGAGUACAUGGCACCGGAGGUGCUGGACGAGUGUUACAAUUACGAGGCUGAUGUGUGGAGCGCGGGUGUGUCGCUCUAUGUGAUGCUCUCGGGUGUGCCUCCCUUCUGGGAGUCGUCCAAUCGGACGCUAGAGGAGGCGAUCAAGAAGAAGAAGGUGGUGUUCAAGUACUGGAAGUGGGCGACCGUGUCGGAGGAGGCCAAGGACCUUAUAACGAGGAUGCUGGAGAAGGACCCUCUGGAUCGCAUCACAGCUCGAGAAGUGCUUGCACACCCGUGGAUUCAGAAGCACACCAAAGCAGCACGAUGA